AGUCAACUGAAUACUGAAUGAAUUGUGUCAAAAAACGGUUUUAUUAUUUUUAUUUUUGUGUGGUCUUCACGUUGUUUAUGAAAGUUUAAACAAUUCUGUCGUAAUACAUUCCAAUUUAACAGUGCUUCGUUAAAUUCCAGGCACUUUAACAUAGAAAUUUAAUCUAUUCAUAAUGGCACCAGUGGACGUUGAUUCACCCCCAAUUGAAAUCCGUUUGAGAAAUUUGACCCUCUCUGGUCAUGUAGGAUUUGAUAGUUUACCAGAUCAAUUGGUUUCUAAGAGUGUCCAAAAUGGAUUCAUCUUCAAUAUCAUGUGCAUUGGUGAAACCGGACUAGGAAAAUCUACUUUGAUGGAUUCUCUCUUCAAUACUGAUUUUGAAUCCACACCCAGCCCCCACAGCUUGGAUUCAGUUCAAUUAAAAGCUCACACUUAUGAACUGCUGGAGAGCCAAGUUCGUUUAAAGCUCACUGUUGUCGACACUGUGGGCUACGGAGAUCAAAUUAACAAAGAAGACAGUUUCUCUGCGAUUGUGGACUACAUAGAUGCUCAGUUUGAGUACUACCUUCAAGAGGAGUUGAAAAUAAAAAGAUCACUGUCUACAUAUCAUGACUCUCGAAUUCAUGUGUGCCUUUAUUUCAUCAGUCCCACAGGGCAUGGCCUGAAAUCUAUCGACUUAGUUUGUAUGAAGCAACUAGAUCAGAAGGUGAACAUUAUUCCCAUAAUUGCAAAGGCCGAUACAAUUUCCAAAACGGAACUCCAGAAAUUCAAAUCGAAAAUAAUUACAGAGUUGAAGAAUAAUGGGGUGUCGAUUUACCAAUUUCCAGUUGAUGAUGAGUCUGUUUCAGAAAUCAAUGCAACUAUGAAUUCACACAUUCCAUUUGCUGUGAUCGGAAGUACUGAUUUCAUCAAAGUAGGGAACAAAAUGGUCAGAGCAAGGCAAUAUCCAUGGGGUACUGUGCAGGUUGAGAACGAGAGCCAUUGUGAAUUUGGACAACUGAGAGAGAUGCUCAUCCGCACCAACAUGGAGGAUAUGCGCGAAAAAACGCAUUGCAACCUUUACGAACUCUACAGGAAAAGGAGACUGGAGCAAAUGGGAUUCAGUGACGUAGACGAAAAUCACAAGCCGGUGAGUUUUCAGCAGACAUUUGAAACGAAAAGGUCCACUCACCUGCAAGAACUGCAACAAAACGAGGAGGAAAUAAGGCAGAUGUUUGUGGCGAGAGUGAAAGGGAAGGAGGGCGAGUUGAAAGAAGCAGAAAAGGAACUACAUGCAAAGUUUGAUAAGCUGAAGAAGGCCCAUGCUGAGGAAAAGAAGAAGAUCGAGGACUCAUCCAGAAAAUUGGAGGAUGAAAUUUUAGAGUUCAACAGAAGGAAGGCUCAGUAUCAGCAAAUGGGUCACCAUACUUUGACUCUAGGUAAAACCAAAAAGAAGUAAUGGACUGUGAAGCGACUUAAGACUAUAUUUUUAUAUAUAUUUUUUUCAAUAUUUUAUAUUUUCAGCACUAGAAUAAUAUUUACUUUUUUCAAAGAUCUGAUAUUUUUAUACUCUAUGCUUAUACCGAGAUUUUUGUAUCAAAAAGAAACACACUUCAUUUCCUAUAAUCAAAAUUUUGUUUUCGGUAUUUUGGAGUUGUUCAAAAUAUUACUCAACUACUCAACUUAUUUGAAAUAUUUUGAUUACAAAAUGUAAUAUAAGUUACAUUACAUGAUAAUGAAGGAAUGAAAAAACCUACUAAAACCAAAAGAAAAUCAAAUUUGAUAAAAAGUCAACAAAGAAGUUCCAAAUGAUCUCAGAUGCUGACCCCAUCUAAGUGCAACAACCUCAUCCAUCUAUGGGGAUGUUAUUUAGAUCUGAUCCAUAGACAUGAUAAUAUAUGUACUAUGCAUGAUGACACUUACAUAUAUUCUAUUCAGCAUCUGUGUCACAGUGUCACUGUGUCACAGUAUCAUGUGAUAAGUCAGAUCCCACAAUUUUCACUUGGAAAUAUGCAACACGUAAAACAUCGUGACAAUGUAUCUGACGUUGAGUAUAUGAAUGACGUGAAUGCCAAGACGUGAAUGUCUUCUUUCUGUAGUAGUUGGACUCUAUGUUCUCUCUUCAUUGGUCAGUCCAUAUUUACUAUUACGUCACUGAUCUGAUCGUAUCGCUGCGCCUCUAGAACAGCAAAUAUGGAACUGGAGUUGUCUAAAGCUUCAGAACGUAUU